CAAAGAGACCCAGAAGCCAACCUGGAGGUGAUCCCUGGAGAAAGCUGGAAUCAUGCUGGCCAUGUGUUUAUUGAAGAAGUCAACUCAGUUCUUGGAAACCCCACUAUCAAUGCAGAUGAGGAAACUGAGGGUCCUCAAAUCUGCCGUGUAUGUGGAGACAAGGCUACUGGUUAUCACUUCAAUGUCAUGACAUGUGAAGGAUGCAAGGGCUUUUUCAGGAGGGCUGUGAAGCGCAACGCGAGACUGCAGUGCUGUUUCCGAAAGGGCACCUGUGAGAUCACACGGAAGACCCGGCGGCAAUGCCAGGCCUGCCGCCUGCGCAAGUGCCUGGAGAGCGGCAUGAAGAAAGAGAUGAUCAUGUCUGAUGUGGCUGUGGAGCAAAGGCGGGCCUUGAUCAAGAGAAAGAAGAGAGAACGGGUUGGGACUCAGCCACCAAAAGCAGAGGGUCUGACUGAAGAGCAGCAGACAAUGAUUGAGGAGCUUAUGGAUGCGCAGAUGAAAACCUUUGACAGCACUUUCUCCCAUUUCAAGGAUUUCCGGUUGCCAGAGGUGCUUAGUGGCUGUGGAGCUUCAGAGUCUCUGAAGGCACCAACGAGGGAAGAAGCUGCCAAGUGGAGCCAGAUCAGGAAAGAUCUGUGCUCAGUGACAUUCUCUCUGCACCUGCGGGGUGAGGAUGGCAGUGUCUGGAAUUAUAAACCCCCAUCUGAAGGCAGCGGGAAGGAGAUCUUUUCCCUGAUGCCCCACAUAGCUGAUAUGUCAACCUACAUGUUCAAAGGCAUCAUCAACUUUGCCAAAGUCAUCUCCUAUUUCAGAGACUUGCCCAUUGAGGAUCAGAUCUCCCUGCUGAAGGGGGGCACCUUUGAACUGUGCCAGCUGAGAUUCAACACAGUGUUCAACGCAGAGACUGGGACCUGGGAGUGUGGUCGACUGUCUUACUGCUUGGAAGACCCUGCAGGUGGCUUGCAGCAGCUUCUCCUGGAGCCUGUGCUGAAAUUCCACUACAUGCUGAAGAAGUUGCAGCUGCACAAGGAGGAGUAUGUGCUGAUGCAGGCUAUUUCCCUCUUCUCCCCAGACCGCCCAGGUGUGGUACAGCGCAGUGUGGUGGAUCAGCUACAGGAGCGCUUUGCCAUCACCCUGAAGGCCUACAUCGAGUGCAAGCGGCCCCAACCUGCCCACCGGUUCCUGUUCCUGAAGAUCAUGGCCAUGCUCACCGAGCUUCGGAGCAUCAACGCACAGCACACCCAGCAGCUGCUGCGCAUCCAGGACAUACACCCCUUUGCCACCCCACUCAUGCAGGAGUUGUUCGGCAUCACAGAUGGCUGA